AAAUGGCGUUUGUUUACAUUUGUGGUUUGACGAUAAAGAAGGAUUGAAUAACUUUUAAGCUAGCUUUUUUUUAAAUCGUAGAAGUUACAGCGUAAUUAUGGUGAAUACUUGUGUUGUAAGCGGAUGUAAGCAAGAAUCCUAUCCAGGUUGUGGAAUAUGCUUUCAUAGGAUUCCAGUUAAUAAAGAGUAGAGGGCCUUGUGAGUUAAUGCCAUGAACCUUGACAGUAAUGUGACAAAAACUGCAUGUGUUUGUAGCUUAAAUUUUACUGAUGAUGAAUUUAACAGUAGCUAAGAAAAAGUUAAAGCCACAAGCAGUUCCUUCAGUAUUGCCUAAGAUGACGUCCUACACUUCAAUAACUUUGUGCGGAGAGAAUUUGGGACUCCGACAUCGUCAUCUCAACUCUCUGGUCACUGAAGCAAUCCAACAAGGAGUUCCAUUACAACAGAUUCAAGAUCUUCCAGAUCAAACUCCUGUAGAUAGACUCUUCAAGAUAGACCUAGCCUCGAAACUAAGAAAUGUUGACUACAUUCUGCAAAACAUCAAGGACGAAGACAUGUUGUACGUCAGCAGGGCGUUGAAAGCCAAGUGGCUCUUGGAACAACAACACCAGAGCAUCAUUCAUCCCAAGUAUUUGGAAGAAAACCUAUAUCCACACAUGGUCACUACAGCCGUGAGUAAAUUUAAGAACUGGCUGUAUCUACAUUUAAAAGAUCCGCAAAGAUGUGAAGAUUUUUAUAUAUAUUACUCAGAAAGCAAUUUCAACUACGCGAUAAAAUUUCUAGGCCGCUGCCACGUCGAGUUUAUAAUAUCAGAAGCGCCAAAUAUUUUAGAGAAACUCUCGCCUCACCACUUCAAAAUUUUAUGUGAGAAGUGUCCGCAAGUGGCGAAGAUAUAUUUCGAUAAUAUACUCGAUAACGAUGAACUAAAAAUAAAGUUUUUGGACAACCAUCAGGGAUUCUAUAACAGUUUGAAAGUGGUAUUAAAGUUGGACGCUGAUAUAUUUUUUGAAAUCACAGAAAAAUAUUUUGAUAAUAGAUAUAAUCGCUCUCUCACAAAACAUAUAAUGGCUCACCACAGGGAGAAGUUUGAGAAGAAGCCAGAGCUGUACGCGAGCAUGUUGUUAAACACGCGAGCUCUAGCGGAGUAUUUGAGCUCGGAAGAAUCGAAAGAGCUUGUUCUAAAGCUGGUCCGAGCCACCUAUCUCAACCGACAAAUAGACUACAAGUAUGUUGAACCUCUCAUUAUGAGGCUCCCCAUUAAAGAGAGAUCAGCUUUCAAGAAAUUUGUUUUUGUCGAAAAGGCAAUUGGUGAAUUGGUUGAAGCCUGGCCAUACGAUAAGCCGUGCUUGCCAAGCAGAAAGAGUUACUACUUUCACGUGUUUGAAGAUCGCAAACCUUCGAAAUACAAUACAUGUUAUACGGAGGUUGACUUCAGCUGUAUGCCAGAACAAAUAACGUGUGCAAGAUAUUGCACCAGGAUGGAUUGUUAUCAAAUACCACUUCGCACGUACCUCGAUAAACUCUUCGAUGAGUAUCGCUUCUUUAGUUUCGAACGUACAUUAUUCGAACUGCGUAAAAAAAUUAUAAAAGAAAGUUCGCCACAGAACCGGCAAUACAUUUUGCUGGUACUUGUUAGUAAGAGUGGAGGGCAGCCGGAGCUAGUUGCUCAACUCUUGCAGUUGUUAGAGCAGCACUGCAACGAGCCAACCAAUGUGAGAGCCACCGUGGUGAGGAGUCUGGUAAAGCGCGCCGCUGUGUGGCGUCUACCCCAACACUCCUGGGAAGCGCUGUUAGAGUUCGCGAGGGGGCUCGGACUAGACGGCAGCGAGUCGGAAGCGGACUGUCGCGAGGGUCUACACGCAAUUGUCAUAAGAAGCUUGCUGGAGACUGGCGCGUGUGAACCCGCAAUAAGAGAAGCUUUCUUAAAGGACUUUUCAAAUCUCGAUGAGUAUUCCACCAAUAUUGAAGAGCGUAAAAUAAUAAAACAAAAUUACCGGAUUUGUUAUUGGCAGCGGCUAAAGCAGAGUCGAGUCCAGAAAGGCAGGUAGAGCUACUGACGUCACUUCUGGACAUGCUUCAACAGUAUAAAGCAGACAUCGGAAGUUCUGCUCUGAUACCGGCUGUGGCAGUUUUAGCAAAGCGCGACUCAUCCGCUGCAGAGGGCCUUCUUCGACGUUUAUUCGAAGCCAAAAUCGCUCGCCGAACGUUGUUCCGAGAAUUCGUCCCUUUAAUACAAACGGAUGCUUCCUACUUAAAUGCUUUACGACAUGACACCUCAGUUCUUAAUGUAUCAACGUUCAUUGAUUUGGUUGAAAGAGAUGAAAUUCGUCCGGAACAGUUCUUACGCAAGAUGGCUAUAUAUUUUGCAGAAAGUUCCGGUAUGAUGGAUCGUUAUCUAACUGAAAUGAGACGCCUUGUUCUCAAUAAUAAAUCUAUCGGAAAAUCAAUAGCACGACCACUGUGUAUACUGCAGGGCGCGUGUUUCGGCUAUCUGGAGUCAUUGGAUCCUAAAAAUAAGUCUCUAACACGCUUCGCGGCCGCGAUCAGAGCUAACAUGCAUGCAGGAAGACCGAAACUAGACAUGAACAGUACGGCUUUGUCGGCCGCAGGCGCUAAAGCUGUUGCUAAUAAAGUUCUUGUGUGUCCAAUAGCAGAUAUUGAUAAGUACAUCCACGAUCUGUUGACGUGGAAGCGAACGGUCCGAGUGGCUCUGGUACUAGCGGAGAGAACAGGCAAAGAGGCAGAUGCGUUCAUCACAGCUGCCACUUUAAGGCCUACUGCUACUCUCAAGGCAGCUCUGAAGUAUUUCCCUAGUAGACCCGACUUCGAUCCUCGAGUGUGGGAUGUUUUCAAGCAAUUAAUUAUCAAUUUUGAUUUUUCUUCAGAAAAACAUGUUCAUUUCCGUAAGUCUUUAAUGAGAUUGGAUAAAAUACCACUAAAAAUUAAACCAGAAUAUUGUGAAUUGAUAUUCAAAGCUCUGAAAAAGAGGGCUGUCAGGAUGCAAUGAACAUCUUAAGUAACAUAGAGGCGCUACUUAGAGAUAUAAGAGGAGAUUUCAUUGAGAACUUACUGCUAGAUUAUUUACAAGAAUUUGAUCCCCAAACAUAUAAAAAGAAUAAGCGAGUUACAGACACGCAUCUAAGAAUGUUGGUAAAAUGCUUGCUGCUUUGUAAAUCUGCAGAAGUACAGAAAAGUCGUUUUGAGAUUCUUGGCACCCGUUUCCUGCAAUUCUUGACAGUACUUCGCGAUAAAUUAGGAAGCGAUUUUUUGAAUGUAUUUAAAGAAGUCCUUAUUCAUUUACAAUAUAACCAAGUAUUCUUGGAUGAUACUUAUGUUUCACCUUUACCUGUUAUGGAAAAUAUAUUGUCUUGGAUGCGACAUUCUUUACCGAUCGAAUUAAAUUUUGACUUAUACGUUCGUAUACAUUUAUCAAUAAUGUAUUUUAAGUCCAUAAGACAGGGCUUGAAAUCUCAGCCAGAUAUUUUUAACAAUGAAAAAAGAAAACUAAGUGAAGGUCCAUCAGUAGUCGGCUAUAUUUUCGGCCGAAAAGUCGCCCGGGAAAUAAAACAGCUGAAGGAAAGUUAUUUUGAGUCAGCCAUCGAUUUGUAUCAGGGAGGUAUUGAGGGUUACUUUAAUGACUACUUUCAGUGUGACGACACUAAGGUUCAAUUUAUAAAAGCAGUAAUAAAAGGCAUUAUGGACGGUAGUGUCGCCGAUGAAGCGAGGGUUGCGCUGUAUCUACUACAAAACGAAAGAUAUAAUCUUAAGCACGAGGAGAUUAAGGAGCUAUAUGGCAUAAUGAAGAAUAUUGAAGAUGAGAAAUUUCGAUACUUUUUAUUUGCUGAUUUGUCGGACAAUCCUGUAUAAAUUAUGUACAGUUGGAGAUGCCUAAGGACUUAAUAACUUACUAACAGAUUACAAAUAGUUGAAAUUCUACUUUUGGUGGUUUUCUGUGUUUUGAUUUACUAAAAUAAAUAAGAAUAGUUUAUCCUCACCCUAUUCUACAUACUAUCGAAGGCCAAAUAUAAUUACCUACCGUCAUUGGUGCACCACAUUUUUUACAAAGAUGAUUAUAGAGCUAAUUAUUAUAUUAAUCAAUAAUGUAUGUAGUAUGUUGUUUCAAUUCCUUUACGUAAAAUCUAAUGUAAUAAUAUUCAAAGUAUGUUAUGUUUUUUACACAUAUACUGAUACCUAUUCAGUGCAGAAAUAAAACGCUUUGGCGAAUACGUUCGCUAGAGCACUGAUUCCCAAUGUGGUCCAGUUGGAGCCCUAACUCCUAAGGGUCCACGUUAGCUUGGCUAAACAUUAGAGGUGCACAAUUCGUAAGCGGGGUUCACGAAAAUUUAUCUGGUUUGAUAAGAAAGUUCUAAAAUGUUACCUUGACUUCACCUCUCGGUACGGGGAUCCCAACAUACCGCCCCGCGUUGCCUGGGAAGUAUUUGCAAUGCACUUUGUCUGCAAAACCUAAAAAAAAACAUCCACAGAAACCAGCAAAAUCGGAAAAGGGAUCUAUGAGAAAAAAAAGUUUGGGGACCUCUGCGCCAGAGUUAUGAAAUAUUGUCUAUCCUUGAUCUCAGUUAAGCAUUUAAAGUUUUUCAUACUGAAAUAGCGGUAACAGUUAGAGUAACUUUACUGUCGAGUUUUGACGGCAAACUUCAGUUAAAUUUUAGUAAGGUAUUGAAACUAGCCGCUAUUAAUUAAUGCCAUUAACACAUAGGCUAUUUUCUGUGCGGACAAUUUGGUCCCAUGAGAAAUAAGUAAGGCAUUUUUUAAUCGAUGGCGCUGGUGUCGUACAAUCUUUUGACGAAUUUUGUAGCGAAAAUGUCUUUUCACGCAGCCGAAGCCACGAACAGUUGUGUGACAUUAUGUGACAAGAGGGCAAGGAUCUCAGAGCAAGGUUAUAAUUUCCAUGACAUCAAAUGUCAAUGUCAUGUCAAAAUCUAAAGUAUUAAGAACCAUGGAGUUAAUAUGUAUAAUCGUGCAUGUAAUAUUAAUAGAAACAAAAAAUGUAAUAAAUAUAUUCUAUCUCUUGCUAUAUAAGA